GGAGGUUAUCGCGGAUACCGUGGUCGUGGUGGAGGCCGCGGAAGGUUCCGCCGGCCGCCUCCCCCUAGACAUGUUGACUCUGACGGGGCGGCGAUGGAGACUGAUCAGACACCACAGGAGCUACCUCCCCAGGCGAUGGAGGUGGUGAAUGCACUUGCGGUUGCUGAGGUUCCUGGGAUUGCGAAGGAGGCUGAGGUGGUUCAAGUGGCUGAUUCUGAGAGGGCAUCCAAGUACGCUCGGAAGAAAGAGAGAAUGCUUUGUUACCGGUGCGGAGAGAAGGGGCACUUCAUCGCGGAGUGUGUGGCCCAGCUGUGCGAAUCCUGUGGUAAGCCUGCGCAUGCUUCAGGGGAUUGUCCUUUGCUGAGGGACCAUAUUCCAGCUCUUACUGUAUAUGGUGUGUACUGUGCGGAGCUGAUGUUCUUCGAGUCAGCGGCUGCGAGGGAGAUCCCAGCUGAUACACAGAGCCUUACUUCUGGUUUGGUCAAGGUGACACAGGGAGAUGUCUCCCAGGCUCAGAUUGUGCAGAGACUUCAGGAGUUGGCUCCGGGUGAUUUUCAGUGGGACCUCGUACCCGUUGAGGAUAGAGUAUUCAGAGUGGAGUUUCCUUCGAUUGAGGACUUGCAGCGUUUGUUGAGCUUUGGGAUGUGUAAGGUGCCAGGCACCAAAGGUAUUUUGGAGUUCCACGAGUGGAAGAAAGUUGAGCCUAAGGGGAAGCCUCUUACUCAGGUGUGGCUGCGUUUCUCGGGGGCACCGUCUGAGGCUCUUUCUAAUGUGCGUGUGGUGGCUAGUUUGGGGAUUAUGGUUGGUAAGACGGAGAAAGUGGAUAUGGCGUUCACUAGAGCUCAGGGGGUGGCUCGACUGCGAGUUAGCAUUCUGGAUAUUGAGUAUGUCCCAGACGUCAUCAACUGGACCUAUAGAGGCGAGGUGUUUCCACUUGAUAUUGAGUUUGAGGAUGCAGAGUUGUUUGCUGAGGUUGCUGCUGGCACUGACGUGGAUAUGCACGAUGGGGGUGAUGAUACAGGUGCUCCCAGGGAGCAGGCGGAUGAGGCAGCACAGGAGCCCAAUGGAUCGGGGCCUGCUGCUCAGGAGCCGGAGAACGGAGCCGGGAUGGAGCAGUCCCCGGCUUCGUCUUUGCCUCAUAACUCACUGCGGUUUGGAUCUUUUCUGCCGUCGUCGGCGCCUCCUCGUCUGUGGAGUGAUCGGGUUGACUCUGACGAUGCGUUCGAGCAUUCGUUACCGGUCUUGGACUUUGGGCGGUCACCCCGGCAGUCGGCCAGCUUCAGUGCCCGUGUUGUUCAAGAGGUGGAGCCUCAGGAGUCGCCAGGGCGAUCUAGGUCUUCGGUUUCCUUGCGGAGGGGAGGGGCGUCUGGGCAGGUGGCCACGACUCCCUCUCAUUCUUCUGUUUCACAGCAGGCGGCGCAGGUACCUGUGUCCAGCCGGGGCGACAUAUCUUUGGGGCAGGAGGCCCUGGAGGUCCGUCUCGCGGGAGCCUCGUUGGUGGUGGGGUCGCCGGAGGUGCUAGGCAGGCGUCAGGGGCAGGUGGCCCCUGACCCUCUAGUACCGACGGCGGUCCUGCAGGUGGAGCGCACGGCUGCCACGGCGUCGGCUGGGGGGUCGGACUAGGGCAGGAGGCCCUGGUGCCAACUCCGUCAGGCAUCUCCACAUCUCCUACGCGGUCCCCCUCUCCCAGACCUACUCCGGGAGCCGCUACUCGGGAGGAGGUGAUCGCGUUCGGAGGGAUCCGAGACCCUGCUUCCGAGGGGAGGCGGACGAGCUCUCGUCUCCAGGACCUUCCGGAGGUUGAUGAUUUGCAGCAGAGGUGCGCUAUGCGGGCGGCCAAGCUGCGUGAUGUGGAGAGCACAACAGGUUAUCUUCCGAGCAACGGCUCUUAUCCGUUCCUGGUCGCUACUCACUCCGACGGAGGCCAGGGAGCUUUUGGUUACUGCUGCUAUCCGAUGGGAGAUGGUAGCUCGGGAUAUAUUCAGCCGGUUUGGAUGGCGGUCGUGUAACAGGAUAGGCAAUUAGUUUACCUGUCUAUUUUGGAGCCAAACGGCUGUGAUGUAUAAGUGCUUUGGCUAGCUUGUGUAUCUAGCCUUCAGGCUCUGUGUGAGCCUUUUCUUACUUUUCUUGUUGACAACCUUGAGACUUGGAGACUUUGUGGACUAUUUUAUGCUUAAUAAGAUGGCCGUAUGCAUCAUGCUGAUGCAGAG